UGUGACUCGCUGCUGUUGACCCUUCGCAUGCUCCCUUAUAUUAUUCCUGCUGUGCUAUGGUCAAGGGCUUCUAAUCUAAUCUCUCUCAUAUCCCUCACUCGAUACCUCUCCUCUCAUCCAAGCUUCCGAUUUCUCCCCGUGAGUUGCGUGCUCUCGAUCCGGCAAUGCUUCUCUCUCAGAGCCGGGGCCGUAUGCCCGCCGCUCUUCGGAGCCUCAGCCAGCGCUCGUUGAACAGUCGCUCGCUGUCCACCACUCUUUCGAGGAAGGCCGAUGAUAAGGAUGCCGGCCUCAACAAAGUCUCCCGUAACAUCACCCAGCCGAUCUCGCAGGGUGCCUCCCAGGCCAUGCUGUACGCCACUGGUCUCACCGAGGAGGACAUGAACAAGGCUCAGGUUGGAAUUUCGUCUGUGUGGUACAAUGGUAACCCUUGUAACAUGCACCUGAUGGACCUCAACAACCGCGUCCGCGAGGGUGUUCAGAAGGCCGGAUUGGUCGGAUUCCAGUUCAACACCGUCGGUGUCAGUGACGGUAUCAGUAUGGGCACCAAGGGUAUGCGCUUUUCUCUGCAGAGCCGUGAUCUGAUUGCCGAUUCUAUCGAGACGGUCAUGGGCGGUCAGUGGUACGACGCCAACAUCAGCAUCCCCGGCUGUGACAAGAACAUGCCUGGUGUGUUGAUGGCGAUGGGCAGAGUUAACCGCCCGAGUUUGAUGGUCUACGGAGGUACCAUCAAGCCCGGUUGCGCCUCGAUGCAGAACAACGCGGACAUCGACAUCGUCUCCGCCUUCCAGGCCUACGGACAGUUCUUGAGCAAAGAGAUCACCGAGCCUGAACGCUUCGACAUCAUCCGCAACGCCUGCCCCGGAGGUGGCGCUUGCGGUGGUAUGUACACUGCCAACACCAUGGCCACCGCCAUCGAGGUCAUGGGAAUGACUCUUACUGGCUCUUCCUCCAACCCUGCCGAAUCCCAGGCCAAGUACCUCGAGUGUCUUGCGGCUGGUGAGGCGAUCAAGAAUCUCCUCAAGGAAGACAUCCGCCCACGCGAUAUCCUGACGCGCCAGGCCUUCGAGAACGCUAUGAUUGUCGUCAACAUCACUGGCGGCUCUACUAACGCUGUUCUCCACUUGAUCGCCAUCGCCGACUCCGUCGGUAUCAAGCUGGAUAUCGAGGAUUUCCAGGCUGUUUCGGACCGCACCCCGUUCUUGGCCGACCUCAAGCCCUCCGGCAAAUACGUCAUGGCUGAUCUCCACAACAUCGGUGGUACUCCUUCCCUGCUCAAGUUCCUGCUUAAGGAGGGUAUCAUCGAUGGAUCCGGUAUGACUGUCACCGGUCAAACCCUGGCCAAGAACCUAGAGAAGGUCCCCGAUUUCCCCGAGGACCAGAAGAUCAUCCGUCCCUUGUCCAACCCCAUCAAACCCACCGGUCACAUCCAGAUCCUGAAGGGUACUUUGGCUCCUGGUGGUAGUGUUGGUAAGAUUACCGGCAAGGAGGGAACCGUCUUCACCGGUAAGGCCCGCGUCUUCGAGGACGAGGACGACUUCAUUACUGCUCUUGAGCGCAACGAGAUCAAGAAGAGUGACAAGACCGUUGUGGUCAUCCGCUACUGCGGGCCCAAGGGUGGUCCCGGCAUGCCCGAAAUGCUGAAGCCCUCUUCUGCUCUCAUGGGUGCCGGUCUCGGUGACUCCUGCGCCUUGAUCACCGACGGCCGUUUCUCCGGCGGUUCUCACGGAUUCCUCAUCGGCCACAUCGUCCCCGAGGCCGCCGUUGGCGGUCCCAUCGGUCUGGUCAAGGACGGCGAUGUAAUCACCAUCGAUGCUGAGAAGCGUGUCCUUGAUAUCGAUGUUGAUGACACCGAGCUUGCCACGAGAAGACAGCAGUGGGAGGCCGAUAAGGCUGCCGGCAAGCUGCCUCCUACUGGUCUCACACUCCGCGGAACUCUCGGCAAGUACGCUAGACUCGUCAAGGACGCCAGCCACGGUUGUAUCACCGAUGCCCUGGACUAAACUUCUCCCUAAAAUCACCCCAUCUUCUACGAUAUCUGUCUUAUUAGCUCUCCUGCUUCCUACAGGCUUGUAAUCUGGUCUUUCUUGUCUGGGAUGAGCUUAGGGUCUGGUUCGGUUUUGUUUUGCCUUGUUAAAGUUUUGGGUUCAGGCGAGAUCAAAAGCAAGAUUUCCUGCUGUGCUAUAUACAUCUGUGAUUGCCUUCUGCAUGUUAUUUAUUCAAGGACCAACAAUGAUGAUGAUACCAUUUACUUUUUGAA